GGUACACAGCGUCCAACAUCUAACUUCAGUAGUGUGCUGAUAGCUGAAGCAUGAAGCAGUUUGGUUAUCUGAUCCUGAUGGCGGCGCUGCUGGUGCUGUUCUUCGGUUCUGGUACCGCAAAGGGACGUUUUCCAUUUGAGCAGUGUGUCAAUAAAACAGCAAUGAAGGCUAAAAUGUGUGCCGAGCUGAAUUUGAGCACUACCGAAUGCGCCGACAAAAAACCUUUGAUCAAGAAUUGUACCAAGGCCUUCAAGAAAGAAAAUUUUUCGACUUUCGUCGGGUGUGUGAACGAUAAGAUUUCCACCAACCUAGCAACCAGUGUUACCUCAGAAGAACUGGAGUCAGCUAUUACUGCAGCGAUUGAGAAAAAUAAAGAGACAGUGUGUGCUCAAGUCCCGGCUGUGAUGACCUGCUUCAAGGACGCCACAAACAUGCCUCAGAAGAUCUCAGAAUGUAUCAAUCAACCUACCAAGUAAAGGGCCACUAAAACGUCAACACACCUGAUGAACACUGGAACUCCCUGAGAAAACAUGGAAAAUUCACGGACGUCCUUCCCUGAUUAUAUUUUCUUCUCUAUUACUCAAGAAUCUUCCUGGUGAUUCCUUGAAGAUUCUUCUUUAAGAUUCAUCAGAAAUUUCGUAAAUGAUGAUUCCUGACAAUCUUUUAUUGUCUCAUCGCCACAACUUCCGUCUCCAUCAAAGUUAAAAAAAUUGUAAACAUCUAUUUUAGUUAGAUACGAGAAAAUGACAAUGUUUCUCUACGACACGAGAACAACACGAGAGAAACAACACAAGAAGCAAAUACAACAAAAAAAACUGAGAAAGCAGAAACAUACCUGUUGUAAACACAGCAACACAACAGUUACUUGUAUAUUAUAAGGUAACUAAAAUACCAACAUUACCUACGGAAGUAACAGAAGUGAAACAUAAGGAAAGUAACAGGAUAAACUAACGGCUGCUAUAACAGUAACAGCAGCAACAGUAUUCAUAACAACAGUGACAUAUUCAACGUUAACAAGAAAUGAACCACAACCUACGAUGGACCACAACACAAGCUGCAGUAACCCUUAACAACAACAACAACAAACAAUAAAAACAAUGUAAACAACAACGUCAACUAACGUGCAACUAAAAUUAAUGACUCAUUGGCAAUGACAACUUUGAUUUCUUUGUAUUUUUCAAACAUUAAAUUAUAU